ACCAUAAAUGGCGGGCUAAGAAUCAAAUUGUAUUCAAACGAAAACGUCUCUUUAGCCAUAUACACUCUCUCACCUCCGCAGCAGACUCAGUUAUCUCUCUUCAGAAAUCCAUAGCAAAGCUAUGGAACCCAUUUGGGCGAGGAUGGAGUCGCUGCGUAUGGCCUGCGACAGAGACAAACUGGCUAAGCAGCAGAAGAUCGAUGCCUGGGCGGACUCGUUUCGAGAAUCCCGAACGUUGAUCCACACCAAAGGACAAGAAACCAUCAAAUGUCAAGGUAAACUUGCGGAGGUUAAAGCUAAGUUGAGGGAGGCAGAAGAUGAUUUGGUGAAAGCACUAUCAGUGAAGAACCGUAAAGAAGCCAAGCGCAUUGCCAUUAUGGAAUUUCUUGCUGCUAAAAAAACUAGUGUAGAAGAACUUAAAAGACAUGUUCAAGAUCAGAGGGCAAAGAGAGAUGAAUAUGCUGAAAUUAUUUCUCAUCAAUCUUCAGUAUCUGAAGAAACAGGUAGCCAAAAUGAUAAAGAUGAAAUACAAGAAGCCCUCUCUUGGUACAAUAGGGUUCUUGGUUUCCAUGUUGAAGGCGGGCAUGGUGUGAGAUUCGUAUUCAAAAACAUUAGUUUGAAAAAUCCAAAUGAGGAAUAUUCAUUCACCAUUCGCCAUGCAGACAAUAUUUACUACUUGUUAGAUUGCAAUCCACAAUUGAAUGACAUCAAGGAGUUGGUUCAUGAAUUGAACAGAACAAAUGGAUUAUUUGCUUUUGUCAGAAUUAUGAGGCAGAAGUUUCAAGAAGUUGCUGCCCAAGGAUAUUCACCCCAGAUAACAAGUCUUUCUCAAGAGUCUUCUAUAGUUUCUGCCUCUGCACCAGCUUCAUCAACUUCAACUGACAGAAGUGAAUCUUUGUCUAAGAAAAAUGAGCACCAACUUCAACAUGGAGAAGUUGAUAGACGGAGCAAGAAACAGAACAGAGGAAAGGGCAAUAACAAUGUACUUGUAUCACCUGGAUCUGCUCGCCGCUCUCCUCGAUUUUUGGGCAAGAAAUGAUGAUGGGGAAGAGGCUGCUGUCCCCACUCAGUAAAUGCAAGCGUGUUCACAACAUUCUGAUCUGCUUGUCAUAAGUUAUGACUCGUGUGCUUUACAGCUGAUACUUGUAGGCAGGAAGCUUUAACAAAAACCAUCACAUGCAAAUGCUACAUAGUGCACUUUUCACUUCUCUAAUUUUUGUGUGCAUGGAAUUAAAUUAAUACCUAAUGGAAUGUAAGGGUGACAAUCCCCAGAGUUCUAAUUUUCUAAACCUCUGUAUUCCUUUCUUAUUGGCGUUUUUGUAGCUGAGCCAUUUCUAAGCUUUAUUUUCAAGGUUGAUUAGUGAGUUCAAUGUGCAAGGAAUAACUUUGUGUGGAUUUCAGCAAUGUAUAAAUAACAUGUAACCAUGGUAAUGUUCUCUCUC